GCAUGUCCAGUCUUUUACAUCUGUAGUCACUGACUGUAAUUACGAAAUAAACAAUUGAGAUUAGAUUAUUCAUAAAGAAAGAAUUUAAUAUAUUAAUUACAAUUUCCACUAAUAUAUAUCUUUUAAUAAGUUAACUUUAUUACAACAUGUAUAGACUUAUGCUAUUAUUAUUCUUCGUUUGCCUCAUAAAUAUUAGUACAUCAUGGCAAAUUUUUAUGAAGGGUCGAAGCAAACAUGGUAAUUUAGGUGAACCAAUUUUAUCCAAACACUAUGAACUUCCAGAAGAAAAAUGGUUCACACAGUUUUUGGAUCACUUUAAUCCAACUGAAGCACGUAUUUGGCAACAGAGAUAUUUUGUAAAUGGGGAAUACUAUAAAAAAGGAGGUCCAGUAUUUCUAAUGAUAGGUGGAGAAGGUACUGCCACUGCUAAAUGGAUGGUAGAAGGUCAAUGGAUUGAAUAUGCCAAAGAAUUUGGAGCAUUAUGUUUUCAAGUAGAACACCGCUUUUAUGGAAAGAGUCAUCCUACCGCGGAUCUUAGUGUUAAGAAUUUAGUAUAUCUUACAUCUGAACAAGCACUUGCAGAUUUAGCCUACUUUGUACAGACUAUGAACACUGCCUAUAAGUUACCAAAUAAUACCAAAUGGAUUGCUUUUGGAGGAUCAUAUUCUGGAUCAUUAGCUGCAUGGUUACGUGAAAAGUAUCCUCAUUUAGUACAUGGAGCUGUAUCUGCAAGUGGGCCAUUGUUAGCUAAAAUUGAUUUUCAGGAAUACUACGUUGUUGUUGAGAAUGCUCUAAGAGAAUAUUCUGAAGCAUGCGUGAAUGCAAUAGUAGAAGCAAAUAAACAAUUUCACAUAAUGUUACGACAUCCGGUUGGUCAGCAAGGAUUAGCUAAAAAAUUUGCCCUGUGUGAUCCUAUCGAUCCUGGACACACUAAACGUAACGAUAUUUCCAACUUAUACGAAACGAUAGCAAGUAAUUUUGCCGGUAUUGUACAGUACAAUAAAGAUAAUCGCAACAAUUCUGCAAUGGCUAACAUGACCAUUGAAAGAGCAUGUGAUAUUUUGACAAAUGAAAAGCUAGGCAUUUCCAUUGACAGACUCGCCGUUUUAAGUAAUAAAAUAUUGAAUGCUACAAAAGAGAAAUGUUUAGACUAUAUGUAUACUAAAAUGAUCCAUAAAUUUCGAAAUGUAACUUGGGCGAGUGAAGAAGCAGAAGGAGAACGUCAAUGGAUGUAUCAAACAUGUACAGAGUUUGGAUUUUUCCAAACUUCUACCGCACGACCAAAUUUAUUUAGCGAGACCUUUCCAGUAGAUUUCUUUGUGCAACAAUGCACCGAUAUUUUCGGACCAAGAUAUAAUAAUCAUUUGCUGAAAGUGGCAGUCAAUCGAACAAAUAUUUUAUACGGCGCGUUAAAUUUGAAAGUUACAAACGUCGUAUUUGUACAUGGAUCAGUCGAUCCUUGGCAUGUAUUAGGAAUCACGAAGUCAUCGAAUCCUCAAGCACCGGCUAUUUAUAUCAACGGUACUGCUCAUUGCGCUAACAUGUAUCCGCCAUCGAAAAAUGAUUCACCUGAAUUAAAAGCUGCCAGAGUCAAGAUUGGAAAAUUAAUUAAUCAAUGGCUUCAAGGUUAAAUGUGAUAUCUUUAAGACUGCUCAAUAAAUAAUGAAUCUGUUAUUUUUUUAAUGAAACAUAUUAUAAAAUGUAAAUUUAUUUUAGUCA